UUUCGAGUCUUACUUUGAACAUUUGCCGCGAAAUACAUUUUACUGUCUUUUUGCAACUUUCCUGUGAUGCCAAUCGCAACAACAUGUACACUGAUCUCUCAAGUUUGUUAUCAUCAUGGCUUCUCAAUAGUACCGAAUCCGGUAAAGCAUCGAUCAAAGCUCAGCCACCAAUCAUCGCCCAAGAAACAGCUGUAGAACGCGUCGCGUGUUGCAAGAGACGAGACGAAACGACCCCAAAAGUAUUUCCACCUCACCGCCUUGUCGCGCGCCAAUUCCCCAAUUCUCUACACUCCUCUUUUCUACAAUGUCCGAUUCUUCCACAGCCACACCAGCACCAACCCACGAGCCGCCUUCCCUGCCCGCUUCCCCGCUCCCAAAACGCACAAAAGUCAUCGACCCCACCCCUCUCACACACUCGACCGCCCUCCCGCGCGCCAGCGAUUCCGGCACUGCAACGCCCACACCUAUUAUCGGCAUGUCUCUUCAACCUUCGGCGCCCGUGGCCACUGCGAGCUCCGAGCAACAAGCUCUGCAGGUGCAAUUGCUGAGUGACGCGGCCAAGGCGCCGACAAAAGGCAGUGCGUUUGCCGCUGGUCACGAUCUGUACAGCGCAAGGGAUGUGGUGAUCCCGGCCAGGGGACGAGCGAGGGUGGACACAGAUAUCUCAAUUGCGGUGCCAGCGGGAACAUAUGGUCGUGUAGCCCCUCGUUCCGGCCUCGCAGCCAAACACGGCAUCGACACCAUGGCCGGUGUUAUCGACGCGGAUUAUCGUGGCCAGGUCGGCGUUAUACUAGCAAAUUUGUCGGAACAGGACUUUGAGGUCAAGAUCGGCGACCGCAUCGCGCAGCUGAUUGUCGAAAAGAUCGUCAUGCCGGACGUCGUUGUUGUCGAGAAGCUGGAAGAAAGUGUACGGGGUGCUGGUGGAUUCGGUAGCACAGGCGGAUUUGGUGCCAACGGUGCUUGA